ACGCUUCCCACUUUCUACUAUUUUUCACUUUCACCCAAAAAAAAAAAAAUCUUAAAUUUUCUGCAGCCAGAGGUUGGUACUUAAUGGUGUUAGUUUCCACUUUCCAAUUUCUUGACUUGAAAAAUUGCCAUCCUACUUCAAUUAGGGGACCCAGCGUUCUGUGACUUUUAUUUCGGCCCCACAUUCGGACUGGCACAAAAACCGAAACAGAAGAAACUCACCAUGGUUUCAUUGCACUUUCUGACCAAAAUAUGCUAUUUUCUAGUCCACUUAUGCCACAACAGGUUAAAAAAACAUUGUCCAGUGACUAACAUCCAAUUCCCCCUUUUCUCCCCCACAUGGCGUACCCGGGAACUUUCUCCGACGAACCGUUAACUCCCGCCGGCCGCCUUUUUCUUCAGCCACAUACAAACAUCAUCAUCCACUGUAUCCUCCGUGGCAGAAACCCCAUUGACAUAGAUGCUGUAAAAUCGACUGUUAAGUCUUCCUUGAUGAUGCAGCAUCCCAGAUUCUGCAGCCUGCUAGUUCGUGACAAGAACGGGUUUGAGCACUGGAGAAGAACCCAGCUGGACAUUGACCAACAUAUCAUCGUCAUUAAUAACCGGCUCGAUAAAUCGGGCAAUUUCAUGGACGAAAGCCAAGGUUUUAGCACUGAAGAAGAAGAUGAAGAUUACGAUGAAGCAGCAGUGAAUCAGUACGUAGCGAACUUAACAGUGAGCAGUCCUUUAAGUACGGACAAACCCUUGUGGGAAUUACAUGUUUUGAUGGCGCACAAGUGCUCUGUGUUCAGGAUUCAUCAUGCUCUAGGGGAUGGGGUCUCUUUGAUGUCCAUGUUGAUGGCGAGUUGCAGGAGAGUAGAUGAUGCAGACGCGCUUCCCAGGAUGGUUCCCGAGAAGAAUGUGGAAUUAAAGGGCGGGAAAAGAAGGGAUUGCUUUUGGUUGUUUGGUGUCUUCUGGUGGUUUGUGAAGAUGGUUUGGUUCACUCUGAUGUUUGUGAUGGAGUUUACCGUCAAGAGUUUGUUGCUUUGUGACUCGAAAACGGUGAUAACAGGUGGUGAUGGGGUGGAGCUCUGGCCCAGGAAACUCGCUACUGCUAGGUUCUUGCUUGAGGACAUGAAAGUGGUGAAAAAGGCUAUUCCCAAUACUACCAUUAAUGAUGUCCUUUUAGCUGUGGUGUCAUCUGGGCUAUCAAGAUAUUUAGAUCACCGAACACCAAAUGCCUUGCAUGAGGGCCUUCGUAUGACAGGGGUAGCUAUGGUUAAUUUAAGAGCACAACCAGGGUUGCAGGACCUAUCCAAAUCAAUGAAGGGCAAUUCAGAAGCACGAUGGGGUAACAAAUUUGGUGUAAUUCUCGUUCCUGUUUACUAUCACAAAGCUGGCAAUAAUCCUUUGGAGUAUUUGAAGAGAGCAAAGACGACAGUUGACAUGAAGAAACACUCCCUGGAGGCUUACUUCUCAUACAGAAUUGGGGAUCUUGUGAUGUCACUGCUAGGACCAAAGUAUGCUUCUUUGCUUAAUUACAAACUCCUCUGCAAUACUACCUUCACAAUCUCAAACUUGAUUGGCCCUCUAGAUGAAGUUACACUUGCAGGCAACCCAAUCUCCAGCAUUAAGGUCAAUACAACCAGCCUACCACAGGCUAUCACAAUGCACGUGUUGAGUUACGCUGGUAGGGCGGAAAUGCAAAUUAUUGUAGCUAAAGACAUCAUCCCUGACCCAGAGUUUCUGGCUAAAUGCUUUGAAGAUGCCCUAACUGAAAUGAAGGAGGCAGCAUUGCGGAACCAAUGAAGCAUAGAAAAACUUUAAUUAAUAGGUGUGCAAGAUAUAAUUCAUGAAGAAUUUUCUUUACAGAUCGCAUUUAUCACAUGAAAAUUCCAGCGAA